AGGGUUGGUGUCCGGCGGAACACGGAAGGUGCAGCACAGCGGCGGAGGAAGGUGAUCCGAACCGCGGCCGGUCGGGGUCCGGGCUGCCGAGCGCGAUCGUACCCUAUAUAUCACAUUGGAGCCAGAUAAAACAGUGUGAAAACUGUUAGGCCCACCACCCUUACAGUGGCAUUAGUUCUGGCUGACCCACCCCGCUUCUGGUGCCAGAGCUAUGGGUCGGAUCCCUCUGGUUCUACUGGCAUGUGGCUCCUUCAACCCAAUCACCAACCAGCACAUGAGGCUGUUUGAACUGGCCCGUGACCACAUGCACCAUACAGGUCGGUUCCGGGUUGUGGGGGGUAUAGUGUCCCCCGUGAGCGACAGUUAUGGCAAGCGCGGCCUGGUCCCAGCCCACCACCGAGUUGCCAUGGCAAGGCUGGCACUGCACAGCUCUGACUGGGUUACCGUGGACGACUGGGAGAGCCGACAGCCAGACUGGACCGAGACCAUUGUCACAUUGAGGCACCACCUUCAGAAGCUUCUGGGUCAGCAGCCUUCAGCAGCAGACCUCCAGAUGCCCCACUCCAGCCUUGAAGGCUCCUCAGAACCCCCCCAGCUGAAGUUGCUGUGCGGCGCUGACUUCCUGGACACGUUCCGCGUGCCGGGCCUGUGGCGGGAGGAGCACGUGGAGGAGCUGGUGGGCCACUUCGGCCUCGUGUGCGUCAGUCGCGGCGACCUUCAGGCCGACCGGGCCGUGCACGAGUCCGACACCCUCUUCCAGCACCGCCACAACAUCUUCCUGGUACGGGAGUGGGUCCGAAACGAGACCAGCGCCACCGAGAUCCGACGAGCCCUGCGAAGGGGCCUCAGCGUUAAGUACCUGCUGCCAGACGCUGUAAUCGAGUACGUCCAGGAGCACCAGCUGUACACCUGGCAGAGCGAGCAGAGGAACAAAGACAGUGUGCUGAGGCCUCUCGGACAGCAGGGGGCGCCCUCUGAGCCGCUGAAUGACAGCUGACUCUUUGAACCUGAAUCAUGAGCAGUGUGUUGAACUCCUGGUUGGACCUGCUUUGGUCCCAGCUUAUUACGCCUUUAUUCUUCAUUUUUGAGACCUUCCCAUUUUUCCUGUCCUCAUUCUUCUUAGUCAGCCAGCAGUUUUUCCUUCUUGGGGUUAUAUGAGAAAUCCUACAUGAGAAACAAAAAGAUUGUCUUUGUUCCUGGGGUUGGGAUAUUAAUCCUCCGACUAAAGAAAUCCAGGAAAAUGCAUGUAUGUUUGCUGACGUAUGUGAUGCUGGGAACUUGUGGGAUGCAAGAUGGUUAUGUGUUGAAACAUUGCUGUUUGUCAAAGUCGGGCAAAAAGCAAUCACAAAUGCUAGUGCUAACCUGUCAUAUAUAUUUUUUUUUGAUAUUCAUGGGUUGUAUAUACCUUGCUUAGUCCCUGAACUAAUGGGCUAUAUGUUCCAGGAUUAUCUAGCACCUAACAUGAAUCAAACUUCAAUGAGUCCUUGUCCCUUUACUGUGGGCAGUAUGUGGCUCCAUGGGCUAGGCUGUGACUUGGAUCUGAACGUUCCUGGUUUAAAUCCUGUAGUCAGCAGAGUUAUAUCAGCAUUGAGCCCUUGAGCAAGACCCUAACCCGAGUAGUUCCAGGGUCUGGCAGCCCCUGCUUUUUCAUUUGUACGUUGCUUUGGAUAAAAGCAUCUGGCAAGUAAAUAAAUGUAUAUAAGUAAAUGCAAAUAAUUCUGCUUAUUAAAUCCAUCUUGUUUACAGAUCA